AUGCAUUACAAAUUCGCACUCGUCUCUCUCGCUGCCACAGCAUUGGCUGUAGCUAUUCCUGAGCCCCAAGGCUGUGACCCGAAGGUAUCCUGCUGUACUUUCUCGGAGUCGUCCUGCGCAAAUCGUCUGGACUCGUGCACAAGGACAUGUAAUGGCGUGGCUACGAAAGGCUUUUGUAACGAUGUAGGCACUGGUAGUCUGAGUUGCGAGCCUGCUUAG